AUGUCCUGGAACGCGUCAGUCCUCAGCUCCAUAUCCUCGGAUACAGAGCCUACUGUUGUCAUCACCUUUGACUCUGCCAAGUACAUCUUUAAUGUCGGUGAGAAUACUACCCGCGCGUUUCUCCAGAGCAGGAGGAACUGGAAGAAGACUAGAGGCGUGUUCUUGACUUCUGUAGGCACUCAGCGAGCUAGCGGCCUUCCAGGUUUAUUGAUGACUUUUGCGGACUCGGGUCUUACCAGCCUCAAUAUUGCCGGGCCAGCUGGGCUGUUGCACUUCAUGGCAGUUAUGCGUAAAUACACAUUUAGGGAAAACUUCUCCGUGAACCCGAUCGAAAUACCUACUUCCCGCCCCCCGGAUGAACCACCUGACGAUAUACCCAUCUACAAGGACGAUAAUAUUUCUGUGUUCGCAUUAUCGGUUUCUGCUGAGGAUCAGUCAUUGGAGGCCUCGGGAUCGGUCACACUGCCGUACUCUGAAACCAGUGUCGUCAAAAGGAGAUCGGGGAAGAGGAAGCGUUCGCCUUCCCCUGCUGUACCAUCGCUACAGGAAGUUAUAUCUCACCCCGACUUCGACCCUACCACGCUUGUCGGUGACAUUGCACAGGAAUGGCUUCGACACAUCGUGCGCACAAUGUUUCCUGGGUCUGCCGCCAAACCCGUUGUUUCGUCUGUGAAGGUCGAACAUGUCUCCCAGCCGUCAGGCUUCAACCGUCCCUUACCUUCAUUACCUUCAUGCAAUCUACGUUCAACGCUCGCAUAUGCGGUGGUUGGUCCGCGAGUUCGGGGAAAGUUUGAUGUCAAACACGCGGAGGCACUCGGUCUGAAGGCUGGGCCGUUACGUGCACGAGUUGCAAGAGGAGAGACGGUAACUGUAGUGGGCAAAGAUGGAGUGGAGAGAAGUGUUGGGCCGAGUGAUGUCAUAGGUGCUAGUGAAGAUCCUGGGGUCGUGUUGAUACUGGAUGCGCCCAGCACUGCGCAUAUAACUUCUCUCGUCAAGGGGUUUGAGAGUGGCGCGUUCUCAAAAUAUUGGGGCAAGGGGCCGGAGAAGAAAGAUCACGCACUGAGGGCUGUCUUUCAUCUUUGUGGCAAUGAUGUAUUUGAGCAUGUGCGGUAUAAGGCGUUUAUGAAAAGGUUCGAGGAUGAUGUACACCAUAUCGUUGCAUCUAGAGACUAUGUGCCAGAUCCGAUCACAUUUACUAGCGCGGCGUUCAACCAGCUGAGGCUCAACCACCUGGAUAGCAACAUUUUCCCCGUGCCCAAUUAUUCUCUAAAGGCUAAGAAAGCUCUCGAUAGUGAGUUUGACCUCCCGUCCAAUACCGACUGUAUGCGUGCACACACCAUCAUCGACAUCCGUCCGCCACGACCACCACUGCGAGACUCUGAGGCGGAGGCGAAUGAUCUUUUUCACCCUGCCGCAUUGUCUGGCGAGCCCCCAUCACUCUCUGACGCUGCGAGAACACAAUUUUCCGAGGCACGAGCACGCGUCGAUGAGGCUACAGUACCCGAUGUCAUAGGUAAGGACGUCACGGUGGUUACGCUUGGAACAGGCAGUGCCAUACCUAGCAAGUACCGAAAUGUGUCUGGUACACUCCUGUGUAUCCCGGGAGCAGGGUAUAUUCUCCUGGAUGCAGGAGAGGGUACAUGGGGGCAACUCUCCAGAAACUACGGAAGUGCCGUGUGGGACGUUUUGAGGGGCCUAAAGUGUAUCUUCAUUAGCCACAUUCAUGGCGACCACCACAUUGGUCUCGCAAAAAUCUUGGCGAUGAGACAACAUCUCGACCCGCCCCCAGAAGAGCCACUCUACCUCAUCAGCAAUCGCAUGAUAUUCCUCUAUCUUCGAGAUCACAACGCGCUUGAGGAGCUUGGGUUCUCGGAAGAUGCUCGGGCCCGCGUAGUACCUAUCCUGAGUGAUGAGAUUCAUUGGCGAAACAAGGGACGGGGCGGGUGGAAUUACGGUGACCAAGAUCAGAAGGGAUCGAGGCUUGCGGCAGGAGCGUUGUGCAAAACGCUUGGAUUGCAGAAAAUAAAUACCGUAGAUGUGGAGCAUCGCGCGAGGUGCCAUGGGUUAAUUGUCAAGCAUCUGGAUGGGUGGUCUGUCGUGUUCUCGGGUGAUACCGUCCCGACCCAAAAGCUCGUGCAGGCAGGCGCUGGAGCCACUCUGCUGAUCCAUGAAGCCACCAUGGCCAAUGAUCAAGUUGAGAUGGCGCGCGCCAAGAUGCACAGCACCUUCGGGCAAGCAAUCGACAUAGGCAAGAGCAUGAACGCACAAAAUAUCCUCCUUACACACUUCUCGGCCCGCUACCCCAAGAUGCCACCGUCUGUAUCUGGGCGUCAGGCUGGCGACCCUGUUGUCGCAUUUGCAUUCGACCACGCUAACAUCAAGAUAGGGGAUAUGUGGAAGAUGGGCGUGUAUGCAGGCGCAAUAGAGCAGAGUUUUAUUGAUAUUGCUGAUAUUGAGGGGGAGGAGCCGGAGGCAGUGAAUGACGCGACACACGUGGAUAUCAAUUAA